AUGUAUCAAUGUAACUUUUGUAAACGUUGUUUUUCACGAAAACAAGACCUGACCCAAUAUUGUCACCAGCUUCACACAUAUACCAACUAUUCUCGUACAUUAAAUUGGGUUCAGGAUCAACAAUCAAGUUCUAAUAAUAAUAUACGGCAAAAAACUAUUGAUAAUAAUGUUUGGAAUGAAAUUGAAGGUUUAGAUAUUUUUUUACAAAUAACAAGUGCUGACGACAAACAAAAUAAUGAGAAAUCAGAUUUGAACAAUACAGCAGAUGCACCUAUGGCCUUCAAUAAAUAUGAAAAUGAUGAUUAUACAGAUGAUGAAUAUCAUGAAAUUACCCGAUCGCGAGAAAGUAAAAGCAUCUCUUCUACAGCAUCAAGCGAAGAUUUUUGUGGUGUGAGUUUAGCUGAUGCGUAUAAAGACUUGAAUAACAAUCCAGAACAAACAUUAUGGCCUAGUGAAACGUACAAAGAAUUUAUGAUGGCUGUAACACAAUAUCGUCUUUCUGACGCAGCCGCUGAUUCUAUGUUACGUAUACUAAAAAAACAUUGUACUGAUCAACUUCCUGGAUCUACUAGGAAAGGGCGUACAUUUAUUGACAAUAUGGAUGUUAAAGGUUUACAAUUUAAAGAAAAAGAACUCAUUAUAUUUGAAGAAGAAAUUUAUAAAUUACAUUAUAGGCCAAUUUAUGAUGCAAUAAAAAGUUUGGUUUCGAAUUCUGAUUUGACUAAAGAUUUUCUUUUCGAUUAUGAUGAACAAUGGGAAUAUGGUCUUAAUGGAUCACUCGUACGUGUUUAUUCUGAACAGAAUACAGCAGACUGA